AUGGGUCUGCUCCUGCCCCUGGUGCUCUGUGCCCUGGCUGUGGUCUCUGGGGCUACCUCUCCACCCGGGCCAGACCUGCCACCCAUCAACCCAACGCCUUUACUCCCCCGUGGCUGCAAUGACUCAGAUGUGCUGUCGUUUGCUAAUUACGUCCUGGGACACAUCAACAGGAACCGCACGCAAGGCUACGCGCUGAUCCUCCAGCGAGUGAACGACGUCCGUGAACACAGGCAGGUUUAUGGUCAAUGCAAAGCAUUAUUUUAUAUGCACAGGACAGCAAGAAUUCUCCAUACACUUUCUUAUAACUGUACUCUUCGCCCAGUUUUUAAAGGAAACACUCGCGGAAUCUGCCCUGACUGCCCCCGCAUCAUUCAACUGUCAGAUCCCAAGGUUUUGGAAGCUGCCAGUGAGUCUCUUGCAAAAUACAACAGUGAGAGCACCUUGAAGCAGUAUUCUCUGGUCGAAAUCACCAGGGCUUCUAGCCAGUGGGUGGAUGGACCUUCAUACUUUGUGGAAUAUUUAAUCAGAGAAGCACCUUGUACCAAAUCCCAGGCCAGUUGCACACUUCAGUUAUCUUUCUCAGAGGCUGUUGGCCUUUGCAAAGGUUCUCUGAAACCAAAUGGCGUAGAAAAGAUUGUCUCUGUAACAUGUGACUUCUUUGAAUCACAGACUCCUGCUCCUGGUGUUGAAAACUCUGCUGCUAACCAAGACCCUGCACACCUGCCCAAGGUGGAAGAGUCCCAGCAGAAAAAGGCAGCUCCCACUGAUGUGCCUUCCAUAGUUUUGCCAAGAGGAUCUGUCCAUUACCUCUCUGGCCUAGGUGAUGAGAAUCCCCAAGGGUCCCAGGAAAAUGGCUAUGUGCAUCUGGAUCUAACCACAAAUCCCCAGGGAGAGAACGUGGAUAUCUCCUUCCUCUUCAUGGGGCCCGUGAGGGAGACCCUGUUGGUGCUACCUUUCCCCUCCAAUGAACAUCGCUCAGCUGAGUGUCCAGGACCAGCUCAGAAGGGCACCGCUAUUGUUCCUCUGUGAAAACCACAUCAAGGACCCUGUGGUCAUCUGGUUGCUGUAGAAAAUGAGAGGAGGUG